AUGGAAACUUUACCAAAAGAAGUGUUCUUUAAUCGUCUUUUGUUAACACGCUUAUCUGUCACAAAAUAUAUGGAUAAAUUAUUCGAAGUCAUGUUCAGCAGCGUUGUACAGUCGCAUAGUUUACCAGCUCCAAUUAAAUAUCUUUUUGAUUUUUUGGAUGAUAAAGCAAUUAAACUAGGCGUACACGAUUCAAAAAUAAUUCAUGCUUGGAAAUCUAACUGUAUACAAAUGCGUUUCUGGAAUCAAUUUAUUACCAAUUUGGAUUAUAUAUUUGAUGUUCCCUUAUUACGUAAUACUGCAUUAGAACGUUCGUUUCAUGCAUUCAGUCAUGCUAUGACCUAUGCAUGUGCACCAAAUAAAGAAAAAAUAACUAAGGAUUCGUCUUGUGUAAAACUGCUUUUUGCUCCAGAUAUUUCUCAACAAUGGGAUAGAGUGCAUAAUUACUAUCGUGAAAUUAAAGCUUUACCUACAGUUGAACAAGAAACAAUGAAUAAUCUGCUACGACAACAUUCUCAGAAUCAUUCUACAGAUUUCAAUGUUUCUUGGGCAGUUUUUGAAUUGUAUACAAAAUAUGUUAGAAAUUAUCAAGAUAUGCUCAUAGCUCAUUUACAACAAGAUGCCAUCACUCGAUCAUACAGUAAUUAUAAAAUUUCAGAGCAAAACCCUUUUGAAAAAUCUUUUAUGUCUACAAAUGCAGAAUGGAAUCCUGUGCAAAUUAUUCAAAUCCUUAUUGAAAUUAAACGAUGUUUAGAUAAUGUACAAAAUAUUCAAACAUCAAGCAAUGAUAAAUAUCAUCAUUAUUAUCAUCAAAAUACAAUGCAUCCAAAUAUUAAUUCAUUUUUACCAAGUUCUACAAUAGUUGGUGAUAUUUCUGUUCCAUAUGGUUCAACAACUGCAAUUUUCCGCCCUUCUGGUGCUACUACCACUACUACUACUACUAAUGUUGAUGUUGGUAAUUUUUCUCAACUUUCUUCCGCUCCAAGUCAAACUGCAACUGAUUGUUUAGAUACACUUCGUUCAUAUAACACAUUAACUACAGAAUUUGCUGGUGAUGAAACUAGUCGAUCUGCGCAUCAUUAUUAUUAUCAUCAUCAUUAUUAUCAUUAUCAUCCGAAUGAUGCACAAAUUAAUGAUAAUAAUAAUAAUAAUAAUAAUAACACAUCACCGAAUAAACCGGCUGAUUUAUCUGCUCAUUCAACAGCUAUCAGUACAAAUGAUACAUAUGCAGACAGUAUUUCUAAAUAUAAAGAUCCAUUAACUUAA